AAAAAUUCGCGCACGUGACAAAUGACACACACACACAUUUCAGAAGACACAGUAAAACCUCUGCUGUUGUCCUAAAUCAGUAGGUCACAGCAGUUUUAGAACUUCCUACUAAUGAAUCCGGGCGUGUAGUAGUUGUUGACCCGUAUACGUACAGAAUACGAAGAACGAUAAAGCAGUUACCAGUAUGUCCGCCUCUAUCGAUAUCCGUGUCACACAGCUCAACGUCUAUCCUGUCAAGUCUUGCCGUCGCGUGUCUGUUUCAUCGGUUCGUCUCGAUGAGUUUGGCGUUUGCAACGACCGACGCUUCAUGCUCGUCGAUGGCAACGGCCGUUUUCUAAGUCAGCGGCGUUAUCCUAUUUUGGCAACAGUUACAGCGACAUUGGAAACAGAAGAGGCACCAGAGGAUAAUGGCGCUAUUAGAAGGGUAAAGAUGUCGUCACCUCAUGUUGAUUGGGAUCUCGAGGUAGAGCCGCGACGCGAUGGAAAGGUAGUGCAAGUUGGUAUAUGGGAAGACAAGGCACUGGCUGUCGAUCAAGGAGAAAAGGCAGCAGAAUGGAUUAGAGAUCUUUUGAAAACGGGCAUGACUUAUAACCGGUUGGUGACUAUUGGUGAGAUAGGAACGAAACGACCUGUUAGAAUCCCUUCUGAUUUCCCUUCUCUCCCUGACCGUCAGUUGUCUUUUACCGAUGAGGCUCCAGUACUGUUGUUGUCAGAAGAAUCACUGACCAACUUGAACACAAAGAUGAAAGAAAGGACAGGAACAGAGGUUGUAAUGGAUCGGUUCAGGCCAAACAUAGUUGUUUCAGGCUGUACCAAUGCCUUCGACGAAGACUCGUGGCUUCUAAUUGAAAUUGGAAAUGUUAAAUUUAUGGCGUACAACAAGGCCGAGCGAUGUAAAAUGACUGGUAUUGAUCAGCUGACCGGAGAAGUUGACAAACAUGGGCCGCUACACGUUUUGAGGGAAUAUAGAGCACCUCGUGGUCCAGGCCAUGCAGAAUUUGGGCAACACAUUAUACCACUCAGCCUCGGUGGUCAGCUUCAGCUUGGAGACAAAGUGAAAGUCAUUAGUCUGAAAACGAGUGUAUAGCUUAGUGUGACAAUAUUGCAUAUUUAACUAAACUGUACAGCUAGGUUUGAGACUGCUGGCAGAGAAAACUGUUAUGUAGAAGGUUUAUGCAAAAUUGUGUUUCCAAAUUUGAACUAUAUAUUAAAAUAUAAACUACAACAGA